CAUUUUUAGUAGAGAUGGGGUUUCACCAUGUUGACCAGGAUGGUCUCGAUCUCUUGACCUCGUGAUCCACCCGCCUUGGCCUCCCAAAGUGCUGGGAUUACAGAUGUGAGCCACCGCGCCCGGCCCCGGAAGUCAGUUUUUCAUCUGCAUACCCUUAGCCAAAAGUCAUUUCUUUGUUCUGGGUGUCAAUUUCUUCAUCUAUAAUUCUGGAUGAUCCUAUUUGCCCUGUAGUGAUACCAUCGAUUUUCUGGGGACGGUUGAUAUCUUGUUCUUCCUUCACAUCACAAUUGUGCUCAACAAAGGCUUUUAGAUGAAUUAAAAUAGGAGUGUUGUGGGGCAGAAAAUAAUAUAACAAACAGAAUGAGUUCCAAAUAAAAUGUAGAAUGAUUAAUGCAAUUAUAAUUUUAUUCUGUAUACUGCAUUAUUGAAGAUGCAUCUGUUCUUCCACAAUUUGCACAAAUACCAGCAUCACAUUAUGAGAAGUCUUCCUCUAUAUUAGGCUUAGUUAUUCUACAGCACCUGUCACCAUUCCCCAUGGACAGAGGAUUUUGCGUUUACCAACUUCAUUCUGUUACGUCAACCACAGCUGCGGUGACUUUGCUGGAGACCUCUGCAAUUUACCUCCGUUGCCGCCGCACAACUGCAAUGACUCUCCUUUGCUGACAAGCAUGCCUUAGUCUGGUUGAUAAAUUAUGUGGUCACCUUAUUUAAGUAUAAAGAAUGAUGUUCUAUUAAAUUGUUUUAUGGAGGAGGGGCAAAAUAUAAGCCAGGAGAAAUGCAUAUAUCUCUUCAAGGUUUUAAGCCCUGUCCUUUAAACUAGUCGUGAUGUUAAUACAGUAGAUUUCUUUCACAUCAUUUGGGUAACUCAUCUGUGUAUGCCUAACCAGCAAUGCUUAAAAAAUUAGAUGUGUCUCUUAAGGCCUUACUAAGUUCGUGGACUUAAAAUUGCUUUUUGCUUGCCUGUGGGAAACCCAGCCUUCUAUUAGUUUUCUCAUCUGAAGAACUUCUGGAAAUUUCCAGGAUAUUCAUUCACGAAUUCAAUAAAUGUUCACAGAACUAGCACCAGCAUGCCAUGAGCUCCUGGGUAUGCAAUGGUGACCAAGAACGGACAACCUUUGCCCUCAUGGACCUCAUCAUCUAAAGAGAGAAACAGGUAUUAGUCAUUUUGCAAAGGAAAAGCUUCUCUUCUGAUGCUGCACCAGACUCAUAAUGGUUCAAAGAGAAGGUGGCCGUGGAGGGGGCUCUGUGAGCUCCUGACAGUGGGAUUCGAGCUGGUCAAGAAUGCUCAGGAAAGGUUUCUUUGUGAAAGGUCCAAUGAAGCUGAGACCUGAAAGAUAAAUCAGAGUUACUUGGGUGUGGAAGCAUGAGCAGAGGCAGAAGACAGCUUGUACCAAGGGCCUGCAGUAGAAGGGAUCACAGGCACAGGAUGCAGAGGAGACAGAAAGGACAGAAUUUGCUCAAACAACACAGCAGGAAGGGAAAGCCUCAUGGAAAAUGAGGCUGUGGAAGUAGCUCAAGGGGUAGGGAAAAAAUUCAAGUGCUUUAAGCCGGGGGCGAUACAAUCAGAAUUGUGCUUAGAAAAUACUAGCUCAACUCAGUUGUGAAGAAUAGACAGAGGGGCGGGAGAACCAGAGUAGGUGAGGAUACAAAAUUUGGUGAGUUUGGGGUCCAACGUGCCUGAUGUCUUGAACGACCUAAGUGGACAGCUGUCCAGUGAUAACUACAACACACGAAAGAGACGUGAGAGAGAGAUGGCUCUGCAUGGGAUGAAGAUUUUGCCAGUAGGUUAAGCUGAGAAAAAGUACUAUGGAAAAACUUGUUAAAAGAUGGGCAAAUGAAAUGGACCCUGAAAACAAAAUACCAAAGAGGUAAAGGGGGAAUUUAGGGGGCUGAUGUCCUGAAGUCAGGGCAAGAGUGACUUAUAUGAAGGGAGUGGCUAACAAGACCAAAUUCCACAGAUUAAGUGAGUGCAAACUGGAAAGUAUCCAUUAGGCUAAUCAACUAUGAGGUUACUGAUUACCUUGGAAAUACCAACUUCAAUGAAGAACUGUUAAGAAGUAAAGGCAUAUUGAGAUUGGUUAAGAGCAAAUGGUUGGGUACACAUUACAUAUUUUAAGUAGCUGGAACAUAAAAGGACGGAGGGCACUAUAACUAGAAGAGGAAAUAGGCUAUGUGCAAGGAUUUUUGUCAGUGAUUUUGUUUGUUUUGUCUUGAGAAGGCUUGGAUGCAGUGGUGUUCUGAAAAACCAGGCCUCCAAGGGAGAAAUAAAAGCUCUAAUUUGUAGCUGUUACAGAUGACCAUGCAUCAAUACACCCACCAUGACUGGAGUAAACCUAUCAAGGCAGAAUGCAGAAGGCAUUCAGAAUACCUCAGUGAAUGCAGAUCUGAGAAGAUACCUAGAAUCAGCUUUAAGCUCCAGUGCACCACCGGGUACAAACCAAUGGGAUGCGGGAGGUUGAAGGUUUCGUAAAAAGUGGGAUUGCCAAUAAAACAGAUAAAGAAGGAAGAAGGUAGGGUCCUGAAUAAAGGUGGAAUGAUUCAUGUUGGAUAAGAGAAAAGGUCUCUCUUCUAAUGGGUUGGGUGGCAAAGAGUUGAAUUGGAAUCAAUUCAAAGAGAAGAAAGGAAGCUGAAUGGAUUCUCAAUUCGUGGGUUAUUUUACCUAUCAGUUAGGAUAGGAGAGCUUGGCCAUGAGUGAGGAAGUGGCAGUUGGUACAUAACGUUGGGUUGAAAGAAACAGUUAAAGCUUGAAAGAAAAGGAGAUGUGGAAGGAAAUUUGGACAGUGUUGAAGUCCCAGUGAUGCUGAAGACCAGGACUUUGUACCAGUACCAUUUUGCAGAGUCACAUGGAAUUACCCAGAAUGUAGCAACCCAGGGAUAUGAAAACAGACAAAAAAGAAUUGCUUGAUCUUGGGUUGAGAUUUUGGAGGAAAACGUGGAGGGAUGUCACAGUACCCAAGUGACAAGUGGGUACUGACAGGGGGAUGUUUGAAGUGGUGGGCUGUGAUGUCUAGGUUGAACAGAGCAGGAAGUAGAGCCAAGGGGAGCUUUUACAAGUGAGGAAAGUGCUACUUUUCAGAGGUUUGAGAUCUGAAUGAGGUUGUGGAACAGAUGCAGUGGGAAUAAGAAGUCGCGAGAGCCGAAAAGAUGGAUGGUGCUGUUUAGAGAACAACUUCACACGGUGAACAAGUCUAGAGGUGGCUGAGUUUGGGGGGGGCAUGAGUGUGACUAGCUGAAGCAGAGUGGAGGUUAAUAGAGACUACUGCAGUGAAUAGCAGGGGACUAUAAGGCAGGUGCUGGAUGAUUACUGCAAAGGGCACGGACAUCAUCCAGGAUCUUGGGUUCCAUAUUAAGACUUUAAGUCAUGUGCCAAAGCCUUUGUUAAAUGUAGGAGGCUUCAUUGGGACUCCAGCCAUUCACAGGGAGAAAUGAUGUUUACAGCUAAACAAUAUAAAUCUCAAAAGAGUUGUUUUUUAUUUUUUGUAAGAGAGCGAAUAAAUAAUAUUUUUAAUUUGAUAAUAAAGAAAGCUAACCAGUAGGUCCUAAAAUAGUAAAGAUGUAAAAAAGAAGAGGAAGAGGAAAAGGGAGAAGUAAGGAAAGGAAAGAAGAACCUAAACUUUAAAAAAAAUCAGUAGCUGAAGGAUGAAGCCCCAACUUAGCUCAAGUGGAGCAGGGAUGUAGCUCUCUGAAAAAAUGAGAAUGUACAGGAGGAUUCAUUUGGUUUAUUUGUAUGUGUGUUUGGUUGGCUUGGUUUAGAUUUGUUAUUAAUGGUUUAUUUUGAUCUUAACCAUCCAUAUGGCAUAUCUGAAGAAUACAUGUUCUGGAAGAUAGUUAUGAGAUGACAUACUAAGGGACAAUAAUUGAAAUGUCCUCAAUGCCAGAAAAACAAGUGUUCUCAAUCACUUCCAGUUUUAUUUUUUGCAUGAAUAAACUUACCAUGAGUACAUCUUCCAAAAAUGAAAAAGUUCAAAUGUAAGAUCUGAGUUGAAUUGUGAGCUUCUCAUACAGUAUUCUUGGAUUUAUGUCUCGACUGCAAAAGAUUGAGAUCCUGAAUAAGGCUUAUGGGCAUGUUAAAACUGUACCCAGGCUGAGGAAGUAGCUUUGGAUAGUUACUGACCUUGAAAGUAACCAGUUUUUUUGACUUAAUUAUGCUGGUACCAGGAAAGCGUAGAAUAGAUGGUUUUGAUAGCAAGAGCCAGGCUGGACUUUAACAGUAUCAGAGAUAGGAGUGGGGACCAUUUCUUUGGAAUAAAAUUUAAACAUGUUUCUUAAUAGUCAACUCUCUCAAGCAUUAUAAAAUCCUGAUACAGAACUCAAGAAAGGAAACACACACACACACAUAUGCACACACACACACACACACGAUUUAUAUUGUUGUUAUGUUAGUAAAUAAUGACUAAUGUGGUUUUUGGUUGUUAUCAUUGAUUAGGGAUUGGAGUUAACAUUUCUUCAGGUCUGAGCAAUCACCUACGUGGUAAAGUCAUAUAGUGUGGCAAAAAUUUCGGAUUGGGGCGGGAGGGGGUGCUUAUGUCAUUUGUGCUCUUAAGGUAUGGUUUAUUCUUUUAUGCUACCUGUCAUUUCUGCCUUAAACAGUGUCCAGGAAAUUCAGCCACACACAGCAAAGAACCAGAUCCCUCAUUUCGAUUCUAUCCUUCCUCCUCUAGAACUGACAUUCCUUAAGGCCCUGUCCUCAAGUGACGUGUCCUACUCUAGCUAAAUGGUAGUAAUCUAAGAAGCAAUUGGUAACUAACAACACAUGUUUUACUCCAGCGGUUUAUCAAGCUAUGUCAUUUUAUGCCAUGUCAGUUUAUACAGAGUGGCAUAACAAACAACACUACAGGGAAUUUGAGUUUUCUAUUUGUCUACUUCCUUGAAAACAUGAUGUUGUAUGCUGACAAGUAAAUGGUAUAGGUGUAAGGAAAGAGUAGCAACUACCAUAUUAUUUUGCCAGAAUCCUUAUGUUACAGUAUCAGAAAUUGCCAAGAAAGAUGACAGUGAAUGUUAUAACAUCCCUUACAAAUAAUAGCAAAGCUUUAAUCAGCUGAUAGACACACUCAGGAUUGAAACGCAACCUACUAGGGUGAAACAUGACAAGCGGUUCAUUGAACACUGCACAGAAGGUAAAUGAAGUGUGUAUUUUCCAGUCACAACUGGAAUUUUAAGUGAGUGAAAUGGAAUAAACUCAGUUUGGAAUCUGAAAUAAAUUCACUGUGGAAUGUGUCUUAGAGACCAAGGUUUACACUAGCACUAUACAAACCCCUCAGCGUGAAACAUGACACAAGGUGAAAUUUUCCUGGCAUCUUAGAGUCGGAUACAGACUUCUGAAGGACCAGGGCACAGACGUUUCAUCAAGAGCUAUUUGUUUCUAAUUGAAGAAGGAAAUGCAGAUGUUUAUAUAAUACUCUGGGUCAUGAGUAAUAAUCCACUAGGUACAUGGAGUUGUGUAUACUUUCUCAGAGGUGGCAUUUCUAUCUGAGUGUUACCAAUAAAAUAUUUUCAUCAAAUUUCCAUUCUUCUUUUACUUGAAGCCUGCUUGCAUACUUCUAAGGAGUGUCAUAGACCAUGCAUAGUGAAACUGAUUAGUAGAAAUGGGAAGUGGCUGGAGAAAACCCAAGGAAAGAAUCAACUUGAAAUCAUUCAGAAGUAACCAGUAAGAGCAAUUUAACUACCCUAUUGCCAAAGCUCUCUUCUUAAAUUACAGAUUCUCAUGAGCUAGUAACUGUGCAGGGAGUCAUAAACAGGAAUAGACACUGUAUGCAAGGCUAAAGAAGCAACUGGUAACUAACAACACAUCUUUUUCCAAGAUAAGAUUAAGUCACAAAAAAAGGCUUACCGUCCAGAGUUGAAAAACUUACAUAUUUCUCAGAAGCUUCGAGGUUAUGUGUUUGGUUGGGGCUCCAGGAGGAAGCAAAAUGCUAGACUCCAAAAAGAGAGAGAUCCUCUGUAGAAUAACACUCUGAAGAGCAAAACAGGACUCAACGGUAGAGGGAAACUUAGCAAAAUCCAGGGCUAUGAAUUAGGUGUUCCUAGUUAGAGUCUGAGUGUCCUGAAAUGAUGAGAUGAGUGAGCCCCAGGAUUGCAGGAUUUGUGAAAUGAAUCAUCAGAUCUACUGGUUUGCUUUUUUCGAGUGUGUUAUUAGAGUUUAUGGGGAGUGCUGGUAGUGAUGGUGGCAGAAUUAGUGCCCUGCACUUAUGUUACACUUUUCUACUUUAAUCAGUAGCUUAUAGUUAUUUGGUCCUCAUUUGCAUUCAGGUAAAACCAAGAUAGCACACUAUACUUCAGCAAGUGUUUGUUUUCCUGGCAGUAUUACAGUUUCAGGGGGCAGUUCUACAGUGUUUACAGUUUCCACUGCUUGGAGCUUUCUGUAUAUUUAUCCUUGGAUUAGACUCAAAGUAAGCUGAUUUUAUCAAGCCACCGGGUAAUUCUGACCAUUUCAUCUGGCGAUUUUAGUACUGUAUUGUCGCAGCUGACCUGUAUACGUAAGGAAUUACUGGGUCAUCAGCUCACGGGAAUGCCUUUUGAUUAUGAACCCACUUUCAGCAUGUGUCCACUGAAGGUGGAGCUGGUCUCUUGGGCGGCCUGACAGCUGGUCCACUCCUCUGUCCUAUGCCGGGAUCAUCAUGACCGUAGAGAUUGCAUCCCUGUUUUGCAUCCUUGUUACAUAACUCAGUUCCUGGUAGAUUACUAUGUCAGAGGGUCACAAUGACCUUGCACAAUAACGGUUCCACCUCGCCUUUCUUUCCAAACAUCAGCUCUUCCUGGAUACACAGCCCCUCUGACACAGGGGUCACCCACUUCGGCAGCUACAAUGUUUCCCGAGCAGCUGGGAAUUUCUCCUCUGCAGACGAUACCACCGAUGACCCUCUGGGAGGUCACACAGUCUGGCAGGUGGUCUUCAUUGCUUUCUUAACGGGCAUCCUGGCCUUGGUGACCAUCAUCGGCAACAUCCUGGUCAUUGUGUCAUUUAAGGUUAACAAGCAGCUGAAGACUGUCAACAACUACUUCCUCUUAAGCCUGGCCUGUGCCGAUCUGAUUAUUGGAGUCAUUUCCAUGAAUCUGUUUACGACCUACAUCAUCAUGAAUCGCUGGGCUUUAGGGAACUUGGCCUGUGACCUCUGGCUUGCCAUUGACUACGUGGCCAGCAAUGCCUCUGUCAUGAAUCUCCUGGUCAUUAGCUUUGACAGAUACUUUUCCAUCACGAGGCCGCUCACGUACCGAGCCAAACGAACAACAAAGAGAGCUGGUGUGAUGAUCGGUCUGGCUUGGGUCAUCUCCUUUGUCCUUUGGGCUCCUGCCAUCUUGUUCUGGCAAUACUUUGUUGGAAAGAGGACUGUGCCACCAGGAGAGUGUUUCAUUCAGUUCCUCAGUGAGCCCACCAUUACUUUUGGCACAGCCAUUGCUGCUUUUUAUAUGCCUGUCACCAUUAUGACUAUUUUAUACUGGAGAAUCUAUAAGGAAACUGAAAAGCGUACCAAAGAGCUUGCUGGGCUGCAAGCAUCUGGGACAGAGGCAGAGACAGAAAACUUUGUCCACCCCACGGGCAGUUCUCGAAGCUGCAGCAGUUAUGAGCUUCAACAGCAAAGCAUGAAACGCUCCCACAGGAGGAAGUAUGGCCGCUGCCACUUCUGGUUCACAACCAAGAGCUGGAAACCCAGCUCCGAGCAGAUGGACCAAGACCACAGCAGCAGCGACAGCUGGAACAACAACGAUGCUGCUGCCUCCCUGGAGAACUCCGCCUCCUCUGACGAGGAGGACAUUGGCUCUGAGACAAGAGCCAUCUACUCCAUCGUGCUCAAGCUUCCAGGUCACAGCACCAUCCUCAACUCCACCAAGUUACCCUCAACGGACAACCUGCAGGUGCCUGAGGAGGAGCUGGGGAUGGUGGACUUGGAGAGGAAAGCCGACAAGCUACAGACCCGGAAGAGCGUGGACGAUGGAGGCAGUUUUCCAAAAAGCUUUUCUAAGCUUCCCAUUCAGUUAGAGUCAGCCGUGGACGCAGCCAAGACUUCCGACGUCAACUCGUCGGUGGGUAAGACCACGGCCACUCUACCUCUGUCCUUCAAAGAAGCCACUCUGGCCAAGAGGUUUGCUCUGAAGACCAGAAGUCAGAUCACUAAGCGGAAAAGGAUGUCCCUCGUCAAGGAGAAGAAAGCAGCCCAGACCCUCAGCGCGAUCUUGCUUGCCUUCAUCAUCACGUGGACCCCAUACAACAUCAUGGUUCUGGUGAACACCUUUUGUGACAGCUGCAUACCCAAAACCUUUUGGAAUCUGGGCUACUGGCUGUGCUACAUCAACAGCACCGUGAACCCCGUGUGCUAUGCCCUGUGCAACAAAACAUUCCGAACCACUUUCAAGAUGCUGCUGCUAUGCCAGUGUGACAAAAAAAAGAGGCGCAAACAGCAGUACCAGCAGAGACAGUCAGUCAUCUUCCACAAGCGCGCGCCUGAGCAGGCCUUGUAGAGUGAGGUUUUAUCAAUAGCGGUGACAAAACGCACACAUCAACCCACAGACCUUAGGAGGAGAAAGGUGAGGGUGGGGAUGAUUUCUGGUGAUGAUAAAAAUGGUUUUAUCACCCAGAUGUGAAAGAAGCUGCCUGAUUACUGAUCCAUUGAGUAAACCCAUUUUAAUAGGAAAUGUCAGUACCAAUUCAGCAAAAAACAAAAACACUACUGAACAUAAAGAAAUUUAUUCUGAAAUAGACUUCACAUUUUUUUUCUUAAAGAGGAGAAGAAAUAUUGCUUCACAGCAAUAUAUACCCACAUCGAUUUGCCUGGGUCUUUUAAUUCCCAUUAGCUUUGGAAUCUCAGAUGAGCAUAGGAGGCCCAGUUCCCACAUUCUUCCCAAGGAUCCCGAAAGUGGGCAUCCAGACCCCACGUGGAACACUGCAGGCUAACGAAUCUGUGGUUCCAAAAUUAUUUCAUAUGUUGCAAAGCUGAAUCUUCUUGUCCCAAUAGAGCUUUCUGUCUUUUCUUUGGUGUGUCGUUAAACUCUAUUUGUGGACUUGAUUCUUGAUUCUUGCAGAGUCCUGUUUUGUGCAGUUCAAGUUUCGUACAAAUAAAAAUACUUAAGUAUAUAUAUAUAUACAUAUAUAUAUGUGUGAGUUCUGCACGCACACACAUAGUGUAUAUAACAUAAUGGGAAACACUGAACUGGCAAAUUCUUCCUGCAAUGUACACUUUCAGUACUUUGGUAACUGAGGUUCUCUAGGAUCCUAAUGCAGCAUAAAUGUGAAAUCAGCCCAGUUUAACGUUUCUGAAACUGGGGCUGUUUCCCACAGAGAGCGGCCAGGCCUUCCCCGCAGGUCUGUGCAGAGUGGACAGGCUCGUGAGUCAGCUGAGCACGGUGGCUUCACCGGGCUUGGUGUUAAGCAAUCUCCUUCGUUGAUGCCUCAACAGAGCUAAAUCGGGGCCCCUCUGAGCUCAAAGAAUGAACCACAUCCACACGUUUGAAUUUAAUCAUCUAAAUCUUAAUGUUUCAAAACAAAAUUUCUGCUAUCUAAACUGCUUGAAACUCAAUAAUAGUGUCACGUUUGAAUGUCACACACAGCAAUAUAUAUAUAGGCCAUAUGUGUGUAUAUAUAUAUAUAUAUAUAUAUAUAUAUAUAUAUAUAUAUAUGGCAAAGCAAAAAAACAGAAACCGUGGGAAGAGAGGAUGAGGGAGAACACUGUGCUUGAUUCUUGCUGAAUGGCACCUUUUGAAGAAAAUAGGGCUUGCACCUUUGUUGCUCAGCUGUGGCCAGUGCUUUCUGGUGUUCAUCGUGUAAACUUCACCCAGGAAUAGGUGAGGUUUACGAAGUUACAUGUCCUCUGAAGAGAGAAUUGCAUUCUGAAAAGUAAUGCUUCAAAUUGAUUUUCUUACCUUUUGGUUUAAAAAAAAAAAAAAAAAAAAAUUUGCAUUCUCCUUUGAAUUGGCCAAAAUGUUAACUGUUUUAUCUGGGGAGGGGAUGGGGUGCUGCCGUCAUUGUCCUUGUCCUCGUUGUUGCUGCUGUAGUUGUUGGGGUUUCUUUUCCUUUUGCUGGGGCUGUUUGGGAGGGGGAGGGGAGGGAGGUGGGAGGGCUGUGGAGAUAUUCCCUUUGUACAGGGCAUUCAUGUUGUGAACCCAGAGCUGGGUAGAAGCUGCUUUUGUAUUCAGUGUGAGGUGGUGUUUACAGGCGACUUUGACCACAGUGGACGUGUACUCAGUGGUGUCGGUGUAUCUGAACUAUUUAAUUUCGUGUUAUGUUUAUAUGCAGAAAUAUUUAUGGAUACUACACCAAGUGUUUAUUUAAUGUUGAUAAAUAUUACUCUUCAGUCUUCAGUCCUGGUGUCCUUUGAAAGUGAUUCUUUAGAGUCCACUUGAGCAAUGAAUAGGAUAUAUUGAGUUUUCCUGUAGCUAAGAAGAAGAAACAUGUCAUCCUGUUGGCAUCGCCAAGUACCUAACCAUUUCUAGGUAAUAAAAAGUCAACUGUCACUUCAACGUAAAUGUUUAAAAUCACUCUUUAGUUAAAUCCGAUGGGAACUGAACAAAGCAACCCUCACUAUGGUGUCUGAAAUUAUUUUACACAGGGGAAAAAAAAAAUCAGCCUAAUUGUAAGAAUGAUUUUUUGGGGCCCAUAUUCAACCAAAGAACAAGAAAAAAAAGACAGUUUUCUAACAUGUACAGCAAAUUACAGAAUGUGUUAUUAUCCACCUGUGAAACGUCUAGUAAGCAAUUGCAUCUAUAUUUUAUUACUCAAGUUGGCCUGGCGCUCAUAAAUAUGUGAAUGCGUAUUCAAGCGUCCCAGCACUCAGCACUUCCCAUUCUUUUGGAAACUCCUAUCUCACCUCCCUCCCAAAAGGACUGUUGCUUUUAUUUAAAAAAAAAAAAAAAAAAGAAUUAGAUUUGAGAAUUAAACCCUGAAAUUUAUCAGAACUUUGAGAGUCAAUUACUAUCUCCUUAAACAUGAUUAUUUCCUUAUCCUUGUCCUUUUGUGAUGCUAAUAAUGCAGAAAAGGAACAAAUCCAAGGCUCUAGGUCUCAUUUUUUGUUUUGCUGGUUUUAUUAUAGAAUUGUUCUUAAGCCUCUUAUGGAUGAAAGCUGCAUUUAAAUACUGUUUACUGACUUUAUAGAAAGGUAUGUCCAUUCUUGGGUCAUUUUCAGAGAAAGAAAACAAGUAAAAUAGAUUCUUUUGAAUAUGAAGAAUUUACAAGUAUAAUUGAAGCUGUAGUGAGUGUUUAUAAUUGGACCUCAGUUACACAUGCAUUUCUCAAAAGCUUUGUCAUUAGAGGAGGUAUUCAGUAUUUACAUAUUAUCAAGAUGUCUUCAUCCCAAACCGGGAACCAAAUUAUUUCAUGCCAUAUGCAUGAAGCUUGCAGACAUUUCAAGAUUAGCCACUUUAAUUGAAAAAAGAAAAUGAUCAAACCUAAAAUAAACUACACAUGGAGAAUAUCUUUCUCUCUCUCUGCCUCUCUCUCUUUCUCCCUCUCCUUCCUUCUCUCUCUCUCUCUCUCUCUCACACAAGCACUCACACACAUUCUCCCUUCUCCAGGCAUUGCCAGAUGGUUAAGAGAAGUGAGCUCUCUCUGGCCCCCUGGUUCCCUCGGCUCUGCUCUCCUUUCCCAUCAUCUCCCUGUGGCCUCUAUGCUAGUUCUAUUCUUCUAAUCCCCCUUUGCCUCUUAAACCCAGCCUUGACUCUCUACAUGUUUUUCAUUUAUCUCUACCCUAUCGUGUGCAAUCGUUGUCAAUUCUGACGGAAUGAAAACAAAAACGAAGAGCCUAAGUGUUAGAGUCUGCAGUGGCUGAAGAUCUAGAAGGCGUAUCAGCUUUCUCUGUCAGGCUUCCCGUGUUGCCCAUGGCCAGAGCUCAUCGCUCUGCAGAGCACGGGGAGCCCCCUUCCGUAUCGAGAGAGAAGCUGGGGUGCAGAGCCCUGCUGCUGCAAAGUUGGCCGUUUCAGCCCCGACUCCGGGAGCAAAGAAGGAUGCCAAGGCUCUGCCACAGCAGAGAAGCCUAAUACGAGUGACACAGAGAAAGAUUCCAGGGAUCAGUCAGGGUGUCCUGUACUUACCUGAGUAGAGAUGAUUCAAAGAAGGGGACCUAUUCCAGGAAACUGCCCAAUCUCCCCCGGGAGCGUCAGAGGACAGGCGAAGGUAGUGCAGUAAGGUCAAAGCAGCAUUGAAUUUAGGAUGAGGAGCGCUGAGUUCCUGGCCCAGUUUAGUAUGUCCUUAGGCGUACUUGUCACUUACCCUAAAUUUCUGGGUUUUCUCCUCAUCGCUCAAACUAAGCAACAACACCAGAGCUUCUCUAAUCUGCCUUCUGAUGGCAAAUCAGUCCAAACUGAGGUCAGUAACUACCGUGAUGAAAGUAAAAUGGUGUAUUGGAUGAAUGCUUGAAAUAUUCAGAUUUUAUAUUCUUUGAGGUUAUUUACUUACUGUAGUUCAACACCACAAAAUCUAAGGAAGCCUUGAAAUUUUCUGGUAAACCCAGAGUUGCAUGGUGUCAAAUACUGCUCCAACCCAGUGCCUGAGGUCUGGCAACCUUACAAAAUAUAGUUUCUGGGUAGCAGGUGUUUGCUUUGGUUUUACAAUAGCAUUUAUCAUAAUAGGACUGAAACUGCAUAGAAUACAACACUCCGAAGUUAUUUUUUAACCUAAACGACCCUACUUCUAGCACAUCCUCUGAAAGAAUAUUUUGCUCCCAUGCUAUGUGUAACGAAGUUACUUCAGCAGUGUCAACUCCAGCCCUUAAUAGGUUCAAGGACAAUUUUACUACUUUUUUUUUAAUUGCAUUUUAGGUUUUGGGGUACAUGUGCAGAACAUGCAAGAUAGUUGCAUAGGUACACACGUGGCAGUGUGUUUUGCUGCCUUCCUCCCCUUCACCCACAUUUGGCAUUUCUCCCCAGGCUAUCCCUCCCCAGCUCCUGCCCCGCUGUCCCUCCCCUAUUCCCCCCAAUAGACCCCAGUGUUUAGUACUCCCUUCCCUGUGUCCAUGUGUUCUCAUUGUUCAUCACCCGCCUAUGAGUGAGAAUAUGUGGUAUUUCAUUUUCUGUUCUUGUGUCAGUUUGCUGAGCUUUUCUACAGACUUCAGUUACACUCUGUUUUUCUCUUUCCCUGACUUUAAAUAUUCAGCCUCUUCCGGCAUUAAUCUGUGAGUCAGUAUUGUAGACCUAAGAGGAAGAUUUCUAGAAUGGUAACCCAGUGCUCUUUAGAACUGGAGAAUUUCAUUUUCUUUUUCUGGAUUUAGCGUUCAUGUCUGGGAAAGGAGGCAAAUGAUAAGGUAAUAAAAAUGAAUAAAGAAGAUCUAGUUCCUAAAAUGACUAUACUCCACAUUGUAACUGCACAAUGUUUUGUUGUACAGCUCAAAAAUGAGCAAGUGUUAGUAUUAAUAGGCAUGCAUUACAUUCACAGCUUCACGCACAGAUGGACAGUGCGUUUGGGUAGAUGGAAGUCAUCCCAAUGCGGUGCUAGAACAUUAGGCUUCUGUUGGUUCUGGUAGAAGAACCACAGAGACUCACACAGAACUCUGGUGAGACUCACACAUACAACUCUGGUCUGGGCUGAGACCACCCCCAAAAAAAUCAUCUAGAGAACCAAAAAGGCUCAUGUCUCAGUUGCAUUCUACAUAAAAGUUAAAGGGGCUAUGUUUUCCACUCCAAAGAAGUGUCAGUAGAACUUUCCUCACCCAAAUUAUAACCCAGUAAUCCUAUCUUAAACUAAAAAGAUUAUCCCCAGAAUGUAAAAGCUUACUCUUUGUUAUUUCUUGAAACCCAAAUGCUUAGCAGUCCUGCAUUUCACAUACAAACCUCAAAACUCUUUUUGUCCUGUAUUCUGUGAGUUCCUUGAUGAUAGAAAUUGGGUCUUAUUCAUCCCUCUGUAUCCUGUGGCUCACACAGAAUCUGGUAAAUUGCAUAUAUUCAAUAAAUGUUGAAUAUCUAAUAACCUCAUAUAAUUAAUAUGUUAUAUUAAUUAUAUUAUUAAUUAAUAUGUUGUAUUAAUUAUAUUAUUAAUUAAUAUAACAUAUUAUCAAAAUUCUGUGUACAUCAAUGCCCCAGUCAGGUGUUAUUUGGCUGGGAAAUGCAAAGUGUUCACAAAUAAGGUUAUCCAAUCAAAUAUCCCUGAGCAGUAAGGAGAAAUAUUUUAAACAGACUUGAGUUGUAAACAAAUACUUUAGAGUCCAAAAUGGAAAAGAAAAUUAACUCUCUCUUUUUAUCCCUAGUCCUGGAGACAUGGAUUUGUUCUAGAUACUGGAUUUGUUUGAUACUAGUUACUGGAUUUGUUGACCAAUCUGGUAAAGUCAGAAACUUUACUGGCUUGGUCAACAAAGAGAAACUUUUGAUUGUAUAAAAGAGUAAAAUUCAUUGAAAGGAUAAUUCUUUUGAAACAGGCUUCUUGGUUGCUCGCUGUAGUUAAGAGAAGCAUCUAGAGAACCUGGAGAGUUCAUAAAUGUAGUUUUCUGUACAAGUGAAGAUCUGUAGUUUGGCUUACAAAUCCUUGCAUGUAGUUUUGCUUGGUGUGGAAAGUUAUUAGGGAGAAUCCUUUAUCCUGUUCUGCAAGCAAUCAAACACGUGCUGUCCCUUCCAUCCAUUCCUUGUCCAGUACCCAGGCAUUUCCAGCCUCCUCCACGCAACACUUCAGACUUCCUUUGGGCAUUGCUUAGAGCUAUGUGAUGGCCACAGUUUGGGCAAAGUCCUUCUUGGUAACAAUAUAAAAAUUGUUACCAAGUUUGGUGCAGGCUUGAGGAAUAAUUACAUUAAAAUGGGCUUCCAUGUUGGUUAAUCAGCAUGCUGAUUUCUCUCGGCAGGAAGCUCUCAGGGAAAUGUCUAUGAAUCAUUUAAAGAUGCUCUCUGGUGGAUAGAGAAACCACAGUCCAAAACCAGAUGGGUGUAUAUUUGCUUUGUAAGCAAAGGGCAUGUAUCAUACUCGCAUCUAAAACAGUGUCCACAUCUUUGCCAAAGGCACUGAAUUUUACCUUUUUUUAUUACCUCGUGGCCAGCACUUCCUCAGUAGGCAUUUCGGGUGUGUCACAAACCAUUUUCAUUUUAAUUCUGAAAAAGUCAAUCGUCUGUAGUCUGUACUAUAAAAUGAUGCCUGCGACUUUGUGGUGAAUAUUAUCCCCAAGUUAACAGUGAAAUAAGUAAAUAAAACUAUUAUUGAACAAA